AUGGCUUCUUUUGCCCCUACUGUAAUUGAGUUUAUUGAGAAUUGUAUUAAAAUCACGGUGCAUAUCGCGUAUGAUAAAAAACUUUAUUUACAACCAGGGAGAACCCGUUUGAAAUUUUGGACUACGUGUCCUUGUACUUACAGGAGUCGCGCAGCUUCUUUUGCGCAGGCAUCAUAA